CUCCAAGAAAUCAUGUCUUCCGUUAAAGUUGCUGUCCGAGUUCGACCGUUCAACAAGCGCGAAAUCGCUGCGUGCAGCGAGUGUGUCAUUCAGAUGCAAGAUCAGACAACAUUAAUCCGUCGACCUGGUUCCAAGGAGGCUCCGAAGAGUUUCGAGUACGACUACAGUUACUGGUCACACACUUCCCCAAAAGAUCCCAUGUUCGCCGAUCAGCGUCGCGUGUACGAGGAUUUGGGGGUGCAAACAUUGGAACACGCGAUCAAAGGAUACAAUGUGUGCAUUUUUGCCUACGGACAGACCGGUUCGGGCAAGUCGUACACAAUGAUGGGCAAACCAGGCGUGGACACAGAGGAGGGUAUCAUUCCUCGAUUGUGUCGUGAUCUGUUCACUCGAUUGGACAAGUUGNNNCACACGGCAAAAUCAGAUCAAACGGUGCAAAAUAUAGUAGAGGUGUCGUACAUUGAGAUCUAUUGCGAACGCGUGCGUGAUUUGCUGAAUCCACAAAGUAAGAGCAAUUUACGAGUUCGUGAGCAUCCGAUUCUUGGACCGUAUGUCGAGGAUUUGUCCAAAUGUGUGGUUCGCUCGUUUGACGAAAUCAGUGAACUGAUCGAUGUGGGCAAUAAAGCGAGGACUGUGGCCGCAACCAAUAUGAACGAAACGAGCAGUCGAUCGCAUGCCGUUUUCACCAUGGUUGUCACCCAGAAACUAAAUGACGCGGUGACCAAUGUGGUCACGGAAAAGGUGAGCAAGAUCAGCCUGGUUGACUUGGCAGGUAGUGAGAGAGCGGAUUCCACUGGGGCAACGGAUGUUCGAUUAAAGGAGGGUGCAAAUAUUAACAAAUCACUGACGACUUUGGGCAAAGUGAUUGCAGCAUUGGCUGAUGCGGUACGUCCAAGUGCUUAUCUUAAGUGGCAUUUGACUGCUUGCGAAUCCGUACCUAACCACUUCUUAACUUGUUUACGUUCAAAAUUUCAGAGUUCAAAACGGAAAAAGAAAAGUGAUUUCAUACCAUACAGAGAUUCUGUUCUCACCUGGCUUUUGCGUGAAAAUCUUGGAGGCAAUUCACGCACGACAAUGAUUGCGGCGCUCUCACCGGCUGACAUCAAUUACGAGGAGACACUGUCCACCUUGCGCUACGCCGAUCGAGCCAAACACAUUGUGUGCAAGGCCGUGAUAAACGAAGACCCGAAUGCCAAACUGAUUCGGGAGCUCAAGGCGGAAGUUGCACGAUUACAACAAAUUCUCAGUUUGGAGAGAUUGGACACAUCUGGACCUCCGCGUUUACUGAAAGAUAGUGAAACGACAACCAACGGGGAGCCGUUGUCCCAAUUCCCGAAUGAGCACACUGCAACGCUGGAAGCAUUGCAAGCAUCGGAAAAGUUGAUUGCGGAACUAAAUGAGACUAUGGAAGACAAAUUGAGACGCGCGGAGCAACUCAGGGAACAAAGAGAAAAAGAACUGAUGGACAUGGGCAUUGCCAUACGCAGUGACGGUGGAGUAACCGGGGUGUUUACACCGAAAAAUACUCCACAUCUUGUUAAUUUGAACGAAGAUCCAGCCAUGUCCGAAUGUCUUAUCUACUAUCUGAAACAAGGAGUGACUCGGUAA